GCUUACUUUGAACAGUGCUAUACAAAUAGCAAGACGCGCGCGCAAUUCAUUUCCUUAUGUGCUCCUAAGAUACUCCCUCCUCUCUCUCUAAAUAAUCCACUUGCAUCUAGUUAGAACUUGUACAUCAGGAAAUCACUUCGAAGCUGAAUCCUGCAAAAUUGGAUUGAGGAAGAAGGAUUGAAAUUACAAAAUUUCUGUGAAAGUGAAAAUCAUCCUGCAAAAUUUUGUGUUAAAAAGAAAAUUUAUAUUUUUGUGGUGUUUCAAGGAAAACUUCCAACUGCAAUUGAGUGCCCUAAAAUCCAAGUGCUUAGAAAGUGAAUGUAAGAAAUUUUUGUGAAAAGAACACAGCAGAAUUGCUUCAUUCCUUUUCAAAAAGUUGGGCAUUUGUAAAGUUAAAAAGAAAUAUUCUUAUGCAAUGUAAGAUUCGUUAUACAACGGACACUUUGAAAAUUUAUAGGCUGUUGUGAGUCACAAGAAGCAAUAAUUUUUAUCUAUUUCAAACUACCGUCCGAAACAAAGGAUUUCACGCGUGAGGCAGUGUUCACUUUGAGAAAAAAAAAUACACUUUCAUCCUCAGCUCUGGUGCUCUGCUGGAGAGGAAUUUGAAGAAAUCAAGAAGGAAAUUAGCACUAAAAAUGGUGGCAAUGCAUCAUAUCUUAGUCUUUGUGGCUGUUGUAAUUGCUCAAGUGCACGGAGAACAGCAGACCCCUGAAUACAUUCUUCCGUGUUCACGAAGCGAUCCUGAGCUAAACAGUUGCAUACGGAACUCCUUCAAUCACCUGCGAACGUACGUUGUCAAUGGGCUGAAAGAUCUCGAUGUACCCCCAUUGGAUCCUCUCAACAUCAAAGAAAUGGCCAUGGAGAACAAUGCUGGUGCUGUGCAGGUGAAAGCCCUUUUCACGGAUAUUCUCGUGAAAGGUGGCAGCAACUACACAAUCAAAGAUGUUCGUGCGGAUAUCAAUAAAUACCGAAUUGAUGUCAGUGUUACGAUUCCACGGGUGGAAACACGGGGCAAAUACGAGAUAAUUGGACGAGUUCUUCUCCUUCCAGUGCAGUCAAGUGGAGAAUUUUGGACGGAGUUUCUGAACAUCAGUGCGAUUGGGAAACUCUAUGGCCGAGAAGUUGAGCGAGAUGGUGAAAAAUACAUGAAUAUCGAUAAGAUAUUCUUGGACUUCAACAUGAAGAAUGCACGCUUCAAGGUGAAAGACAAUAUCAACAAUGGCAACGUACUGGGAGAAGCAAUAAAUCAAUUCCUCAAUUCCAAUGCUCAUGAAUUAGUGCAGGAGAUGCGACCAGCAGCAUCUCAGAGUAUCGCCAAGUUAGCUAAGCAGUUAAUCAACUCCGCAUUUAAUCGCAUCCCAUUGAGAGUCUGGCUGCUGGAUUAGAAUUUCCCAUGCAAUUCAAGUCAAAAGAAAUCAAUCGUUAUCCCGCAAUAAAUUUAGAUUUAGUUAGUCGUAGAAUUAUUUUACAAAUUAGAGAUUUAAAUUGCUAAUUAAUUAGAUAUCUACAUAUAUUUCAUAUAGAAUUAGGUAUUAAGUAUGACAAUUCCUAGUGAAGUGAUUUUAUUGUGGAGAGGUAUUCUUCAGAGAUUUUUUUCGAUUAAAUAUGAGUAAAAAAUCAAUUGAUUUUUAGCUCUAAAUUUUUUUUUAAAAACUAUAAAAAUUCAUUAAUUGAAAGAAAAAUUAAAAAACAAAUAAUUUCUUUUCAUUGAAAGGAUGGAAGAUUCUUAAGAAGUGAAUAAAAAAUCUGAACCUAGAAAUUAUAUUUGAAACUAUUCUUUCUUUUAAUUAAUCUUUUCACGACAACACUUCUUGAUUUCUCGCAGAUAUUUAUUAGAUUUCUUGGCCACAAUCUUUCACAGAAAAUUAUUUCAAAAUAUGAAUAAAAUAAAUAAAAACAAAAUAAUAAAACAGAAGCUAAUUUUAAUGAAAACUUUGUAGUCGUGCAAGGGUUAACUCUUUAGUACAUAUAUCAAUUGUUGGUUGAUCAAUGAACUGCGGAAAAGAAAUAAAUCUGUGUGUCUUCUGCAUCAACCAAUUUAUUGUACUUUUUAUUUUAUAAAAAUACAAAUAAAAAGUAAUCAUAAAAACGAUAAAAAACAGUAAUGUUAUAGGUAAUAAAUGUAAAGUAAAUAAAUUACAGAAAACAAGUGAAAGUUUUAUGGCAAAUAUAAGUCACUUUUAUGUGACAAAAUGUAAUUGUAACAAGGUUACCAAAUUGAUUAAGAAAUUUCAUUCGAACAAUUUCGAAAUGUAUCAUUAAAAUGAUUUUACAUUCUUUACAAGCUUUAUUUUUUGUAUUAAAAAAUGCUUAAAAUUAUAUAUUGGAUUUUUUGAGCAUAAUAAGUUAACCUUUAGUUGAAAAAAAAUGCAACCUAUUGCAUUAUUUUUGAAGGUUUAAAAAAAGAUAGAAAACCACAAGAAGGCGAAAAAUUGCCUAAAAAUUUAUUCUAAAAAAAACAUACGAGCAUUUUACUCUUCAAAUACUUAUUAACGGAAUUCAGAGAUGGAAAAUUUAUUUUUCAGUAUAACUUGAUUGCAACACUAUGUAGUUUUGAGUGUUAUUUAAAGAAAAAAAUGCAUGAGUUAUUGUAUAAGGUGUAAAUACAAAGUGUAAUACUUAAUUAAAUUCUCUCUUGAAUAAGGAACGAGAUGGAGGAAAAUUAUAUUCAAUUGAUACAUAAGCCGUAUGCAAAUAUCUAGUGCUAGAAAAUAAGGAAAGAAAAUUCAGUAAUUAAAACUGUUCUCUCUUAGGUGAAGCAUAAAGGUCACACAGCAUUAGCGAGUGUAUUAAAUAUGGUACAGUAUUGAUUGAUGAGCAUAGCUGAUUUUAAGCAUACAGCAAUUUUCGUAAAAUCUUUAUCAUAUCAAACAGAAUUCUUGAGGUGAUAGACAUUUUAUAUUGUGCUUUCUCCAAAUUAUUAGUUUAGUGGGUUAUUGAAUAUUUUUGUAUAUCAUUCAUUUAAUGUGGAAGUGUUUAUUUUUAUGCACAAUUAUGAGCAUAAAAAUAUGAUAGAAACUAAUAAGAAUGAAUGUUAAACACAAACUUUAAAUGAAGGGGAAGCAAAAAAAAGGGAACUCUGUGCUAGAGGUCGCGUUCAAAUAACUUACAAAUUGAAUUUAAUUGUUGGAAAUGUAGAAUUUAAUUAAAUUUUACUGUAUUUUAACAAUCAACAAACUGUCUUUGAUAUUUCAAAUAAAGACUCUCUCGUUUGAAGA